AUGGCCCCGUCUACCCCCCGAAAACUCGUCAAAUCUCCUCCUCCCAGCGUCGCUCGAAGGACUCGAAGUAUGUCCCGGGUUCAGUCUCCCCCUCCUGCUCCUCCUUCGUCCUUCGUCCGCCGCCUUGCCAGUUCGGCUGGCCUCCGUCUCUCUUCCUUGUCGGCUGCUCUCCCUUCGCUGUCGGCACCUUCCUCUUCUUCCGCGCCUGCCGCUCCCAUCCUAACUUCCAGUGACGAACAAUCUCGUCACCCCGACUUCCCCUGUGUUCGUCCCUGUGGGACCAACCGCGGUACACGAUGUGCAUCGUGUACAUCCGGUGUCUGUUCCUUCCUCCCCCCUUCCCCUGCUAAGCAGAGGAAACCCUCGACAACUUCCCGCCCGUCGCCCGUCGCUCGCCCGUCGCCCCCGCCAGCUGGUCGGUCGGUGUUCACGACAGCAUCUCCUUCGCCGUCGGACGAACUUCCCGGUCUUCCUCCCCCUCUCCCUCCUUCGGUCUCUUUCCGCGCUGCUCGUCCUGGUGCUCCCUUAUGGGAGUUAUCUCCGUCCCCACCUCCUCGUGGUCCUCGUCCUCCUCGCGUCCCUCCCGUCGUCGACCUUCGUUCCCCGUCGCCGGUCGUCCCUGGGGCCUUCAUCGUUCCUCCCCUUCCUUCGCCUCCUCGUCCGUCACCCGCGCCAUCGUCCUCGUCGUCCUCGUCGUCCGAGGAAGUUCCUCCUCCUUCACAAGAGGAAAUUAUCGCGGACCUCAGAAAGCUAGUCGAAGUUCUCACCAUGGACAAUUUGAAAACAGAGAAACGGUUAGCAGCUAUGACCAUGGUGGCUCUUCGUGCGGCAGACAUGAUGGACGUACAAGGGGUCAUCAUUCGUCGUUUCCUCAAUCAAAUUCGUCUUUUAACCCGGAACUUAUCGAAAAAGAGUUCUCAUAUCGGAUCUGCCACUCAUAGUUUGCUGCUCGAAUGGAAUGAAACUCUCCUUCGUACUGGCCGCCACGCUAUCUUCGGCCAUAAACUCUGGGGAGAGAUCAAUGAUACCAUCGGGCGAAAGGAGCGUGAUCUGACUGGUGUUGCGGUUGCUGGGCCCAGCACUCAAGGACUGAGGGAUGAAGUUCGUGCGGCUAGUGAGACGUUCUGGGAUGCUAACUGGCGGAUGAGAAACGUGAUAAGAAAUGAUCCGUUGGAGCCCACUCAUGGUGGGAUGAUAGUAGAAGACGGAGUCGUGGUAAAGGAAAAGGGAGAAUGGUAA